CUGACAAAUGUUAAGAGACCCUUCCUGAUAAUAAGAGCUCUUCCGUCCUCAUAUCUUCUUGUCUUAGCGCUGUCGGGACAGUUGUAAGUUACGGAAUUGACGUAUUUCAGGUCGUCGUUAAAGUGUAAUUCUCGUGUGUGCGACGUAUCUGACGUUAAUACUAUAUUGUGGACUGUGUAGCCGUCUUGGAUGAGCGGUUCGCUGCAGCACUGACAGUUUGACAGGCUGAAUGUCUUGAUGGAGACCCAUCGUGAAGAAAUGUCAAGGCGAAGCUCAAGGUUUGCUCUCAAUGUGUCUAAAGGGACGUCCUCCUUACCUGAUGAUGAUGCUGCCAGCACCAGUUCCACUGAAACCACAGGCCAGAUGUCCUACAAAGAAAGUCCUCUCAGGAUUUUUAAGAAGAGGGCUGGGCGCAAGAGUACAGGCAGCGCUUCCCGAAAUUCAAGCUGUGCUAGCAGUGUGAAUUACACAGUGGAUGGGCAGCUAGGUGAAACCUAUACUGCUCAAGGCUUCUCCUCAGGAUAUUCAUCAGCUGAAGACCAAUAUGAGAAACACAUCAACCCAAGCACUGGUUCUGCCCGAUCUGUGGCUGAACCAGCAUUUGACGUGUGGGACGUGUUUAGUUCUCCAGCUCAAGCUCUGGUUAUGUUUUACUGGUGGCUGGGCACUUCAUGGUACAGCCUCACCUCUCGAGUGUCUCUGAUCAAUGUGUAUUUGCUCAGCAGAUGCACUACAGGUAUGAGAAAGGCUGUACUUCUCUUCUUCCUCCUAGUCUGCUUCAUUUUUGGAAUAUGGUACUUGUUCCCAUCUGCUGCUUCUCACCCUCAUGAGGUUGCUUCUAGGACUCCACCUGUCAAACACACUGAUGCUCCUUUGAUAGCAGCUGUUAAUGACAAUUUCCAACAUGCCAGCCUGACUAACCUGCAGGAUGAGAUCGUAAACUUGUACGAAAGAGAGGCCAACCUGAUGAGAGACAUUGAACUGCUGAAGAUGGAGAGUGCAAGGCAGAAGGUCAACUCUGAGAUGCUGCAUACCGAUAUGAAGUUUCUGACUAAUCAAAUGAAAAAUGUUGAGUCUGAGCAUGGGCAGCAGAUUUCUGACCUGAAUGCAGGUCUCUCAAAGCUUCAGUUGGGUUCAGACCUCCUUAUGGAAAGAGUUGAUGCACUAGACACUCUCAACACAAAUCUGAAAGCAGAGAUGUCUGAGUGGCUCAUAAGACACAUGAAAGAUACAAGCUCAUUGGAAUCAACUAUAGUUGCUCGUCCUGAGCUGCAGAGGGCACUGGAGGAUCUAGAGAAACAGAUACUAGACAAACUGGGGCAGAAGAAAGAGCAAGCGAGAGAUGUGUGGCGGACUGUAGGGGAGACGCUUCAACAGGAGGGAGCUGGAGACAUUACAGUACAGGAUGUGAAAGAAAUCGUGAACAGGGCAAUUAGUCUGUACAGGGCUGAUGGAAUUGGAAUGGCAGACUACGCCUUGGAAUCUUCUGGUGCCAGUGUAAUAAACACUCGUUGUUCAGAGACGUAUAACACAAGAUCUGCGUGUAUCAGUUUAUUUGGCAUACCUCUCUGGUAUCAAUCUGAAAGCCCUCGCACAGUUAUCCAGCCAGAGCUGUAUCCUGGGAAGUGUUGGGCAUUCCGUGGCUCACAGGGUUUCCUAGUGAUCUCACUGUCCUAUCCGAUAAAAAUCAACCAUGUCUCACUUGAACACCUUCCUAGAGUGCUCUCACCAACAGGACACAUUGAUAGUGCACCAAAGGAUUUUGCUGUCUAUGGUAUGACUAAUGAGAACGAAGACGGAAAGCUGCUUGGGACAUACACGUACGACCAGGAUGGAGAGCCCAUUCAAACUUUCAAGCUUCCGGAAGCCUCAAAUAUCUACAGCCUGGUAGAGCUGAGAAUAUUAAGCAACUGGGGUCACUUGGAAUACACAUGUGUGUAUCGCUUCAGAGUUCAUGGGGAACCGUUGCUCGCUUGAGAACUAGAAUAAGAAGAGGAUCUUAAAUGCUUUUCACCUUUUCAGUUUUGGUAUACUCUAUGCAGAAUAAAUAUGAAAAGAAAAAAGCUCAUAUGCACUGGACUCUCAAAGAAUGAUUCAAACAGACAGCUUCCUAAUAUACUUACAAACACAUUUUAACAUACAAAUGUGUACAGAAAUGUGUCGAAUUUGUGCACGGUAUUUCAAUUUUCAUUCCUCAUAAACAGAGGUGCCGUUUUGAUUUUCGUUUUGAAGUGCUGAUAGGACAUUUUAAAUGUCUUUAUUUAAUGAUACUGUUUUGAAUGAGGAAUCAUAGCUAUUCAUUUUUUUAUGAAGGACAGACCCCUGUUUUAUGUAACAGUUAAUUAUUGUAUGACUGCCAGCUAUGUAUAUUUCUACAUCAAAGCCUGAACAAAAGAAAAUUGAGCUUGCAAACAAGUGGAAUGCCUAGAGACAAGAAGCACCUUUAAGCAGUGUUUUAGCUUGUAAUCUUUUUGUUGGUUUGAUCUGCUCUUUAAAUUUUAAAUUUGCUUCAUCUGCUAUUCUGUAAUGACAAAUGGUUCUGGAAUGUGUUAGUGCACAUCAUCAUGGAACUGUAAGAGUUUUAAAAAUAACAAGCUUUAUUGUUUAGAUACUAUAAGCAGCAAUUCUGUUUCCUGAUUGUCUAGACAAGUUGUGUUGAAAUGUUUUCCCUGGUAGAGUUGGGAUGGUUAUUAUCUCCUCUGCAGGACAGGGGAAGAGUAGUCAAACUCAGGUUUGGGUUUUCUGACCAAAGUGCUCUUUAAAUUCUCCUUUGUGUGUAUAUGUGUGCUUGUAUAAUGUUGAAUGCAGACUUGAAAUAUUCCUUGAAGGUAUAAAUAUUUUUGUGGAUUUUGUUUUGGUUUAUUGUUUCAUUUUGACAUACUUAUCAAGCUUAAAUGGAUAGUUUAACCAAAAAUUAACAUUUACUCAUCUUUUACUCAUCAUCGUGUUGUUCCAAGCUUGUAUGCUUGCCGCAGUCACCAUUCAUUUCCAUUACAAUUUUUGUUGUUUUUUGCCAUUCAAUGAAAGACAGUUAUGAUUGAGGCUGUUGUUCUGUCUGACGCCUCCUUUGUGUUUGUGAAAGAAAGUCAUACAAGUUUGGAACAGCAUGAGUAAUUAAUGGUGGUAUUUUUAUUUUUGUGUGAAUAAUCCCUUGAAACUAUCUUUGUUUUAAAUUUGGCAAAGUUUACACGAAGUUUCUGUCACUUUAUUUGAUAGGAUUAUUUUGUAAGGAAAAAGGCAAUUUGUUUUAUACGAUGGUCAUUUAUAUGGUGUAAAUGCAAGUUGCAUAAAACACAUUUUUAUGUGUAACGGUGCACAGAUCUUUCAAUACACAAAAAGAGUAAUUGUUUCUACCUUUACCAAAUGAAUAAAAACUGA